AUGUUUGGCAGCGCGAACUUCACUAACAUUCUGAUUGGCAGCUUUGCCGUGCGAGCUUUCCAGUGCGCUGUGGUCUGGCAGUGCGGCUGGAAAUUGGGCUUGCCGGCUGGGCUGUUGCAGUUCGUAGUCGCUCCUCUGUCGCUGACAGGCUCACUCAUACGACUCUGCACCAACAUCUCGGAUUGUGUUUUUCACUACCUGCUCAAUCUGAUCGCGGUGCUCCUGGUCAGCGCGGUUCCGGCACUCCCCUCGACGAGCCUCAAUUUCGGAAUGCCAUUCGUCGUGCUGUUUUUCGCCAUCGAUUUUUUGCUGAACCUGUUCGUCUAUUGGCGCACCUCCGAGGCCUUUGGCCCACGGCGGCUCUGCAUGCACAUCCUGUACGGGACCUUCAACACGAAGACGUACUUCGUCGUAGUCCUGGGCUGCUUGCACCGCGAGGAAUUCAACAUUGCCGUCGUGCUGCUCACGGGCCUGCUGUCUUAUGUCGCGCAGGAGUGGAGUUUGGGCAAGCGGCUGCUUGACGCGAUUCGCUGGCCCUGCUUCCCGGUCUGCUUCUAUCGUACAGACUGGCGCCGUUCCGACAAGGGGCGGGGCGGGGAGCAUAGGGUGGGACACAUGCCCAUCGUCUAUCAACACGCCCACAAGAUGCACCACUACUUGCACGACUCCACGCCUUUCGACGCCCACAUCUACGGCAGCGGCAUGAACGAGGAGUUCUUCUGGAUCCUCGCGGAGACGCUGCCGUGCCUCCUGGCUCCAGGGGUGUUCUUCCCCUACUUCCUCAACCCAGUGACGCUCUGGAUCUCCUGGACCAACAAGGGCGCCCACGCCCGCACUGCGGAGGGCGUGACCGUCGAUACGGCGGGGUGCUUUGAUGAGGAUCUGCGGGCGCUAGGACGGGCCUGGCUGGCAGCGGUGCUGCCGCUUGGCCAGACACGAGACAACUUCCACGCGGACCACCACACGCUGCACCGCACCAACUUCGGAAGCUCCACGGGCGUGCUGCUGGACUUCUACUUUGGCACCGCGGGCCCAACGACCAAGGGCUCCGCCGGCAUGGCCUACGCGGUCGGGCCGGACCCGUCGGACGAGACACGCGUCCUGGUGACCGCCCAGCGGGCCGUCGGCAGCAAUCGGGCGGAGAGGUGCCCCACGCCAGCGCAUGGGCUGUGCCUGGACGACGAGGGCCCGGCCCCUGCAAGGUUGAAAGCAUUGAUUCGCGGACGCGGGCUGCGGCUGCGACCAGCCAGACAGGAGGUCCGAGGCAGGCGAGGAGGGGCUCGCUGCCACGGACAAUUCCUCGCGAGUGGGCGGCGUGCAGGAGGCGCUGAAGGCGUUCACGAGGAGGCACGGCCGUAG